GUGGAGGUCGGCGUUUCCGGUUGCGCCGCGUGGAGCGGAGUUGGCCUCUCGGGACUCUGGCCAUGGCUGCUCUGUCCGGCCCCGCCAAGCCGUUCCUGUCGCUGAACCCCGAGAAGGAUGAGCAGUUUCGGAAGGAGGUGGCGCAGAUGCGCCGGCGCGCGAAAAAGCAAAAGCAGCAACCCAAACAAUUGACUCCAGGAGUGAUCUACGUGGGCCAUCUGCCACCCACACUUUAUGAAACUCAGCUCCUCGCAUACUUUUCUCAGUUUGGCACUGUCACAAAGCUCAGACUGUCCAGAAGUACAAAGACUGGAAAUAGCAAAGGAUAUGCCUUUGUGGAGUUUGAAUCUGAAGAUGUUGCCAAAAUAGUUGCAGAAACAAUGAACAAUUAUCUUUUUGGUGAAAGACUCUUGCAGUGCCGUUUUAUGCCACCAGAACAAGUACAUGAAGAACUUUUUCAAGAGUGGUAUACGCCAUUUAAAAAUCCAUCAUUUCCAGCAAUAAAACGAUAUAAUAAGGACCGGACACCUCUUGAAAAAUUACAGAUGGAGAAGCGAUUUAAAAAGAAAGAAAAGUUACUCAGAAAGAAGUUGGCAAAAAAGGGGAUUGAUUAUAAUUUCCCCUCUUUGAUUUUACGCACGAAAGCUGCCAACACUGAUUUGAAAAAACCUGAAAAGACUGAGAUGCUUGACACUACGAAGACAGAAACAGAAGCUGCAAUCAGUCCUAAGACUCCUGAAAACACCGUGGAUAGCCAGGGCCCCACACCAGUUUGUACACCAACGUUUUUGGAGAGACGAAAAUCUGAAGUAGCUGACCUGAAUGAAGACGAUGAUGACGAAAUAGUUUUCAAACAACCCGUGUCUGAAGUAAAAGAAGUAGCACAAGCACCUCAAACACCGACACAUUCAAGGAAAAGAAGGCGAAAAAAAAGCAACCAGUGAUCCUGAAUGUAUUAUGUACAGUAUUGUGGAAAAUGGUUUUAUUAUGAGAACUGACUUUUGUUUGUUUUUUUUAUAUUUAGAUACAGUGGAA